AUGAUUGAUUCCAGGAUCUGGUUGAAUUUGAUAUUUGUGGACUCCGCAAAUCAUGAUCCGGGGGUGAAUGAGGAUACUGAAACGCACUUUGCUGAACUUUUGACGGAAGGGCUGAAGCUAGAGAAGCUGAAGCUUUGGAAAGUCAGCAACGUGCCGACACGGCAUUACUUGAGGCUAAGAAGUGAACGUCUCAGUAUCAAAAGGAGCGGACAAAUGCAUUCGGGUAUGGAGGCAUGCGAAGAAGCAAGGGAGAAAGCUGAAGAAGCACUGUCAGCUCAGAUGAAAUUGACAGCAAGGUGGGAAAUAAGAGCUCGUCAAAAAGGGUGGAGAGAAAAGGUCCACAAAUCUCGCACACAGUUGCAAGGUAAUCUCCAGUUUGUCUAA